UUUCAGAAACAGGCAGAAAAAAGGAGACGAAUGCCACAAAGUGACUCACCUGGAAUUUUACAACAUGUUAACUCAGUCUUAUAAAAGCCACUGUUCUUGGACUACAAGGCAUUGAGGACUAAAGACUUGCUUCUUUAAAGCUAGUUUGGAAGCUCUAUCAUGAAUCACUUGAUGAUCUUCUUGGGUGCUUUGAUGCUGUGGCCAUGCAGCAUUGCCAAACCACUAUCCAAUCCUCACUCUGCACUAUCCUACACCAAGGACCUGAAAUUCAUACAGGCUUACCUUGAUCAUUUUUUCCCACUGAUUGAUCAAGCAGUAAAGCAAACCUUAGAAGAACGGAUCAAAAUUAUGCAAAGGUUCUUUCAUUUGACUGUAACUGGGAAGGUGGAUACUGAAACCAUUAAAGUAAUGGACCAGCCCAGGUGUGGAGUAGCAGAUGUCUUGGAAUAUACCACAUUUCCAGGAGCACCAAAAUGGAAUAAAAAGAUAUUGACUUACAGGAUUAACAACUAUACCCCUGACAUGCCAAAAGACCAGGUGGACAGAGCCAUAGCAAAUGCUCUAAAAGUAUGGAGUGAUGUGACUCCCCUACAGUUUAAAAAAAUCACCGGACCUGCUGAUAUUGAAGUUCUUUUUGCACGUAGAAACCAUGGCGACAACUUUCCUUUUGAUGGAAGAGGUAGAGUCCUGGCACACGCUUUUGCUCCUGGACCAGGUCUAGGGGGCGAUACUCACUUUGAUGAGGAUGAGGCCUGGUCAGAAAUCAAUAAAGAAAUAAAUCUCUUCCUUGUUGCUGCCCAUGAAUUUGGGCAUUCCCUGGGACUAGCUCAUUCUGAUGUCCCUGGAUCCUUGAUGUAUCCUACUUACUCCUACGUGAAUCCAAACACUUUUCGUCUUCCAGAGGAUGAUCGGCGAGGAAUUCAGAGUAUAUAUGGAAAGAAAAAAUAGAACAGCUGUAUUUUGUAUUGAAACCCAUCUAGUUCUCCUUCUAUGGAGGUCUGAGAUUGAACAGCUGUCUGUCUGAAACUCUCUUCUGAUCCCUGCACUGAAGUGGGGGUUGAACUGGAUGACCUUGAGGGUACCUUCCAACUCUGUGAUUCCAUGAUUUUACCUAUGCAAACUCACAAGGAUUCAAGCAGGCAUUGUGAACAACAGUAUUGUGUGCUGCAAUAAUAAAGAUUGAAUGAAUGAUUCUAAUU